AUCAUCCCAGUCCGACCGGCCGACGUCGUGAGUGCUCGGCCAAUGGCUCAGCUCAGCCUCAAUGAUCCCGCCCUCGGACCUCCAUAUCAGUCAGUCAUCGACGGUUCGUCAAGCUGGGUCGUGUACGGCUACGAGAAAGGCACAAACGACCUCAAAGUCCAAGCUGUCAGCGAUGACGACACUGCCGAGCUGUCAGACUUUGUGGAGGAGUUCACCAACGGCCGAAUGCUCUAUGGUCUCAUCAGAGUCACAGAUCCUACGACCAAGCUCGUCAAGUUUGUGCUUGUCUGCUGGUGCGGCAACGGCGUGCCAGAGAGCAAGAAGGGUCUCUUUUCCACGCACAGCUCGACUGUCGCCAAGUUUCUGAGAGGCUACCAUGUCCAGAUCCAGGCUCGCUCCGAGGAAGACAUCGAGCCAGAUGUCAUCAUGAAGCGCGUCGCUCAGUCUGGAGGCAGCAAGUAUGCAACCGCUACCAGCGAACCAGCGCCUGCGGCCCGUGCAGCUUUAGGCAGACCUACAACAUCAGCCUAUGUACCUAUCGGUCGACCGGAUAUCGCCUCACUCAAAAGCCAGACACCUGUUCCGCCAGCACCCACGACGCCGAAUCCACCAGCAUCUAAUUUCGCAAGCGUACCACCUCCAAUGCCAUCGUCUGCUUCAAGGCCGACCCCGAAUAUGGCUGCGCGGCCAAAUCCUGCGCCUGCCGUUACUGGACGAUUCAGCAGUCAGGCAGAUGAUACGGACUUUGUGCCAAAGGCUGCACCAGGAUCGUCACCAGCACCGAGCAUACCCGUCGCGCCGCGGCCUGCAGCACCUGCAAGCACAUCCGCAUCUGCACCGCGUGAAGAUCGUCCGGGGGCUGUGGGCACGUCUUACACGCCAGUGACUCUUGGCAAACCAGGCAAGCUUGGGAACAGAUAUCCCUUCGGCGGUGGCGAUCAACAUCCAGAUGCUUCUCGCUACAGCUCUGCUACGAUCGCAGCACCAGCUGAGAAGAAGCUUACGUGGUCAGAAAGGCAAGCGCUCGCAAAGCAGCAAGACAAUGAUCAAGCUGCAACGGAUGCCGAGGUCGCUUCUGCCGCCCACGCAUUGCCCGCACCACCUGCGCCUGCCGCGCCGCCGGCACCGCCUGCUCCACCCUUGCCUGCGUCACGACCGACGUAUAGGCAGGACGAGAAUGACGACUUCGAGACGCCUUCCGCGCCUGCUGUCGUGCCUGCCUCCCAGACGAUGAACCUCAUAGAGGAUGGCAGUCCGUCUGCUGCUAUGCUACCCCCACCACCGCCUCCACCGCCGCCAGCUCCUCCUGCGCCACCCAUGGCAGGUGCGAUGCUAGGCGCAUCCCUAGCAGAUCAAAUCGCAGAUCGCGAGAAAGACGAAGCUGUGGACGAGCACGAAAUGAACAAAGCCAAACUUUCUCAGCUUGCGCUUGAUACCGACCAGAUCGAUGUCGCUGCUGCACAGAGCGUCAAAAGCCCCCUCGCACCUUCUGCACCGACGGCGACCGCGUUAUACGAUUACGACGCAGCAGAGGAUAACGAGUUGACGUUCCGAGAAGGCGACCACAUCACAGGUAUCGAGGACCUUGGCGAAGGCUGGUUCACUGGCCAUCUCGGCGGCGUUUCUGGCAUGUUCCCGAGCAAUUACGUCGAGCUGACGGAGGCUGCUACUGAGCCAGCAGCGCUAGAGCCUGUUGCAGAAAGCGUGAGCCUGGCAGACGAAGCUGGACCGCCUUUUGCGGUAGCUCAGUAUGCUUACGACGCAGCGGAAGACAAUGAGCUCACUUUCGACGAAGGCGAUCGAGUGACGAACAUCGAAUUUACCGACGAUUCUUGGUGGACUGGACGAGCGCACGGCAAGACCGGCCUGUUCCCUUCUAAUUACGUCCAGCUUGAAGAAUAGGCCAUUGUCGUACAUUGCAAAUGUACAUCACAAAAGUAGUGUUACCACG